GUUAAAGAGAAGACUGACUUAAGAGACUGAAGAGAGUUUACCAUUUUUUCCUCUCAAAAUCAACAAUGGAAGCUAUGGCGAUCCUUCGAUUAGCCCUAAUUUUCUCUAUAUUGACUUCACUUUCAUUACUCGCUGGAUCUUCACCGUCGAUCUCACCGGAGUUACAGAUCGUCACCGCCGAACGCCGCAUUGACUUGACAUCACACAUUGUGAAGGUUUUCUUGACAUUGAAGGUUGAAAAUAUUGGUGAAUCUCCUGCUUCAGAAGUCCUUCUUUCCUUCUCUCCCGCAGAAGCUGAUCGUCUGGCAUUGGUAAAAGCAGCAGCUGUUGCUGGCAAGAAGAAAAAGAAGUCUUAUUUGCCACUUGAGGUGAAGCCAACUGACCUGCCUGAUGGACCAAAUGGGACUAAGUAUUAUUUAAUACAUUUGCUUAAACCAUUGGGUAAAAGUGAAGCCAUCUCGCUAGAAAUUCUUUAUAUAUUCACACAUUCUCUUGAGCCUUUCCCAGCAGAAAUAAGCCAGUCAGAGUCUCAAUUAGUUUAUUACCGUGACAGUGCAAAAAUUUUGUCACCGUAUCUUAUUAAACAACAAGCAACGAUUAUAAAAACACCAACUAGCAGGGUUGAGUCAUUCACAAGAGUUGUGCCUACAGAUCGUGCAAACACAGAACUAAGAUAUGGGCCAUAUGAGGAGCAACCUCCAUAUACAUAUUCACCUGUAAUUGUCCAUUUUGAAAACAAUAAUGCAUUUGCUGUGGUUAAGGAGCUUGUGCGCGAAAUUGAAAUCUCCCACUGGGGCAGCAUACAGGUCACCGAGCAUUACGAAUUGGUACAUGCGGGUGCUCGGCAUAAAGGUGUUUUCUCAAGGGUUGAAUAUCAGUCUAGGCCCUCACACAGUGGUGCUUCCUCAUUCAAGCAUCUUCUUGCAGAAUUACCACCAAGGGUCCAUUCUGUCUACUACAGGGAUAACAUAGGGAACAUAUCGUCCUCUCGCUUACGCACAAAUUUUAAGAAGUCAGAGCUGUUAAUAGAACCACGAUAUCCAUUAUUUGGAGGCUGGAAAUCUACUUUUGUCAUUGGAUAUGGGGUUCCACUAGAGGACUUCCUUUUUGAGGCAGCUGAUGGCACACGUUACCUGAAUUACAGUUUUGGAUGUCCUCUUGUAGAGACGGUUGUUGAAAAGUUGACUGUCAAGGUUGUGUUGCCAGAAGGAUCAAAGAACCCAUCCGCUGUUGUUCCUUUUCCUGUGGAAGAACGGGCUGAGAGAAAAUACUCAUAUCUUGAUGUUGUGGGAAGGACAGUGGUGGUCCUGGAGAAAGCCAAUGUAGUUCCUGAGCACAAUUCUCCUUUCCAGGUCUAUUACCAAUUCAGCCCCAUUUACAUGCUUGCAGAGCCAUUGAUGUUGACUUCUGUCUUCUUCCUUUUCUUUAUGGCUUGUGUGACUUAUCUACAUUUAGACCUUUCAAUUAGCAAGAUCAAGGAAACAUGAGUUUUUGGCACUCUUGAGAGAACUUUUGACUGAGAUUAAAUAUUAGUAGAAGCAGCCGGAACUUCCAGUCAAACAAAAGGUAGAAGAGACAUUGUAUUGUAGCCAAAUGCAUUGGAUUUUGAGAACAUCUAUUGUUGUUUACCUUAGAAGACAUGUCUUCUUGCAACUGUAUUGGUCUUGCAUCUGAGAGAGGAUAUACAGAGAACUGCUUACUGUCUAAUAUAUACAGAUUUGGCGAUCAAAUGUCUCCCCUCUUUGUACCUUUUGGGUAGCAAAUUGAGCUAAAUGCACAUUGAGCACUAAAAUAUAGAAACAUUGCGUACUUUACAAUUCUCAAUUUCUCAUGGACUUAUCUUUCUUGGGGUGCCAUGACAAGGGUGGGGUUAAGAUGCAGCGGGUUAUCUGAAAGUGUAUUAAGUCGAUUGAAUGCUAGAUAAUUUAUUUUGUUUUUGCCA